GUUAUCAGUUUGACAAAAGAACAUGCGUUAUAUUUAUGGAUUCAUGUUAAAGGAACUGCUGAUCCUAAAGCGUGCGCAAAAGUUGCUGCAAAUGUUCAAAAGUAUGUCGACGGUAUAAUUCCUCCUAAAGAAGCCGAUGAAAAUGAUGAAAUAUGGGCUGGCGUUGCUUUCGGACCAAGUUUCUAUGCCAGGUGCGGAGGUACUGUACAUGAAAAUUACGACUACCCUCACCGAUCUGGUAAAAAUGGGGACCUACCAAGCACAGGUGGAGAUAUUUUUGUACAUGCCAAGAGUAACAGUAGAGGAGGUCUUUACGAGCUAGCACAGGCGGUAUUGAAAAAUUUACCGGAAGGCUCGGUUGAAAAUGUUGAAGAAGUAUACGGAUUUGUUUACAAGAAUGGCAGGGACUUAUCUGGUUUCAUUGAUGGAACUGAAAAUCCAGCGGAUGACGAAAGCCGUACAGAAGUCGCUAUCAACAAGGAAACAGGCGGAAGUUAUCUUAUCACUCAACGUUGGAUACACAAAUUUAAUGUUAUCAAUAAUACGAAAGUGAGUACAAUGGAAAAUUGGGUUGGCCGUAAUAUAGAUGAUAGCACUGAACAAAGACGAAAAUCAGUAACAUCGCAUGUUGCUCGGAUGACCAAUGGCUCACAGUUUAACGCAGCUAAACCUUACCAGAUUGUCCGCCAAUCUCAACCUUACGGAUUGAGCUCAAAAGAAUCCGGACUCUUCUUUAUAGCUUAUGCUGCAUCUCCGAAAAAUUUUGAAUAUAUGUUAGGGCGCAUGGUUGGUGAAGGCCGAGACAAUUUAUCUGAUGAUAUUAUGUUGCUUACCAAAUGUGUUACUGGAACUUAUUGGUACGCACCUUCCUUGUCCGAAUUAGCCAAACUAAAGUGA